ACCUGUGCUUUGAUAGUUUUGCCAUCAAUUUCCAAACUACGCGUUGCAAACUCAACACCGAUAGUUGACUUCGAUUCGUGGUCGAAUUCGUUUCGUGUAAAACGCGAAAGCAAGCACGAUUUCCCAACACCAGAAUCGCCAAUGAGAACUACUUUGUACAAGUAAUCGUAAUGAUCAUACCGGGAACCCAUCGGCAGUCGGUAGACCACAACGGUUUACAAAUUUAAUAAAAAAAUGUCAAAAUAUAAACUAAAUGCCUUGCCGAUGUGUUGUGACUUUGGGCUUGCAUGAACACGAACGCCUACGCAACCUCGCGAGUUACACACGUUCGCGCGCGGGGUUUUCCCCGAAUAAUUAGCAUAAUUUGCAAUUAGUGAAGGAUAUACAACGCUCAAAAAUAUAAGCAGAAUUUCGCUUUUCGAGCGAAAGCCGUUCGUCGGGAAGUUAGUAUAUCACACUUGCACCUGUUGGUGACAAUGGAGAUAAUUUUAACAGAUGAAAUUGCUUAUUACAGCAAUUCUCGUUCAAGAAAUGAAUACAAAUUCCCUGAACAAUUACAAAAUAAUUAAUCUCAAGUAUUUUUCCUAGAAUCAGUGCAUGUAUUUGCAACAUAUUCACUGAUUCUAGGAACAAUAAUUUUAAAACAUAAUUCAGUACAGGAAAAAUUAGCAUAACAAUAAUUAGGCUUAUUAAUUAGCAUAAUUUGCAACACAUGGUCCGAGGAGAUCUGGGGACCAAUAAUAAUGGACGGCGGGCGAUUCGGACGAAAAACGUGAAUUGAACGUUUUAAAAUUUCGAAGUUUUUCUAGAUUUAUUUCUUGAAAAAAAAGGGCUUUUUAUUGUGGAGUUACACGAUGGAAGAGAAUGAUAACAACGGAAGCGAAGUUAAAGCGGAAGAGGGGGCAGAAAACACGGAGAAAGUUGAGAAAAAACACAAGAAACGACAAAAGAAGACACUUGCUGACCUCCAGAAACAGGUUUGUGGAAACGUGUUUUAUAUAUAGUAUGGGAAUAUAUCUGUUGUUGUGGUCAGGUUUUCUUGUUGUUUAUGGUGUACAUUAAUCUGUAGGUGAGCUCUUAACUUCCUCCUGGGUCCCCCUCCUCACGGCCUCGCCCUCAUCCCGCAGGCAACACCCCGGGGAUAUUGUAUAAUUUUUUUUUAAAAUUAACUUGGCCCUUGGAAUAGACCCUUCCAGAAAUUACAUCACUUCGGCUAUAGAACCUUGUUUUCUUGUAUUUGAUCAUUAAUGAAAGCCCAACGUCUCGAUCAUGAAAACGAGACUCUAUAUCCGCGGUGACAUACUUUCCAGAAAUGUGUAUUAGGACAAAAUCUUGAAUUGAGUUUUGAAACUCAAUCUUCUUACCAAAGUUUUAGUGCAGUAAAAAUGAAGUUGUUUGAGUUAAAUUUGUGACGUGUGGAAAUUAGUUUUCAGUUGGAAACCCAAAAAUUAAGAAAAAAUGACUGGAAUAUUCAUCUCACAACACAAGAAAAACAAUGCAUUCGCCAUCUUUAACCAGUUUAUAGUGUCCCUUAGUGCCCCUGCUUUAACACAUUCCAUCUCAACUACAUUUAUUGAGUACAGGUGUCAGCCCCCCGGAGGGGGGGGGGGGGGUGCAGCCACCCCAGCUGUUCAGCUAAACUCAAUCUUCUCUGCAAAAAUGGACCCAAGAGAAAAUCCUGAAAAAACCCCUGUGUGAUAGUUACUUUGGACAUUAAUUGUCAAAUUGCCACGAGAUAAUGUCGAUAAGUUCACAUAAAAACCCACCCACCCACUCAUAACAUUGAUUUGAUGUUAUUUGUGGCAACAUGAAUAUGGACAUGACCCCUAAAACGUGAUAACGGCAGGGCUCGAAACUUGAAAUUUUUGUCAGUAUCCAAGUGGAUACCAGCAUCAUAGAAUCUAGUAUCCAUCCUUGAAAUAUAGUAACCCAGAUUUGGAUACUACAUAUUCUAUUUCCAGUAUCUAUGCAAGGCAAAAUUUUACCUUGCAAAAAGUUGCUGAGCAAAAACCAGGCCUUUAGUUUCAAUAAUAAAAAUAUGUAUUGAAAUUCGAAAAAAUUGAAAAUAACACACUGCGGCGAUACGAAAGAAAGCACCGUUGGUGAAAUUUUUUUUUUAAAUAUUCUGCCAAAAUCGGUAGACAUUGAAGUUCGGAAACAUGCCAAAAGUCUAGAUGAUUAUCUACUAUCGCAAUUUCUAAGUUUUCCUAGUAUCCAGUUGGGAUACUGAGCUUAUGAUACCCAGUAUCCAAAAUUAAAAUCUGAUAUCCUGUGGAUAUCGGGAUACCGCAAGUUUCGAGCCCUGAUAACGGGCGGGCAUUUUCCAAUUUUAAAAAAUUGUGACAGCAUUGCAUGAUGAAUGCUGUCAAUAAUUACCAGCACUGUUACUGCCAACGUCCAGCCCCAAAAAUUUACAGCUCCAAAAUUUAUAAUUCCCCACCCCCAGGCAAGGGUAAAAACAAAUGCUAAAUGAAAUUAGUUUCCUUGCCAUACAAGAGUAAAGUGCAUCUUUUACAGGAAAAAAAACUUUUUGUAGUUUCUUGGCAAAACAGCUUAAUGGGUUAUACAUUCCCUUAUGAUCCCAAAUGAGAAUCUAUGGGAUUUCUUUUCUGAUUGAUUUUAACUUCUUGUUUUCAAUUGUCAGAUUGAAUUUUACUUCAGUGAACCGAACCUUCAGAAAGAUAGAUUUUUGCGACAGAGAAUUGCCGAAAGUGAUAAUGGAUGUAAGUUUAUGUCGUGCAUGAAUAAUUAUCUAUCAACUAGAUAUGGCAUGCUUUUUUGCAGAAGUUUAGAAAUUAAUAUCUAAGGGCUCAUUUCCACUCAAGAAAAAUUUACAGACAGAAAAUUUUCUGAAAAUAUCAUUGUUAAAAGUUGAAAAUUUUCAACUUGAAAAUUUCCUUCUGACAGAAGAUUUGUAUCAGCCAAUCACAUUUUACAAAAUUUUCUUUCUGCGGAAAAUUUCCUGAAUGGAAUUGCGCCUUAAUAAAUGGCCUCGAUACAAUUGACACCUUUUUAUACCAAAAUAUUAACCCUUUGAGUGGCAGCACUCUCCACUUAACAAGUAAAAUUGUCUGGUGUUAGACAGAGUAAAAUACUACUUAAGGUAGAGUGCAUUGCCACUUAAAGGGUUAAAGACCAAGUUGCCUAUUGCCACAAAAAGCUAGGCAUCUUUAAAUUUAUGUUUUCAUUUUCGGAUAUAAAUCUUUUAAUACUGCAUGUACUUAAUUCAAAUUUUGUUUGAGAACAGGUCGACAUGUUGUCCCCUUAAUUUAUACCCCCUACCUAGGCUCCCCAGUGGCCAUUGUCUGAUGGCAUGUGAAUUUUAUUCAUGGCAAGUUCUAAUUUUCAUGUCCAACUUGCCCUGGCAAGUGGUCAAAAACUAAAGUUACACUACUGAACUUGUUUUAACAAGCUUGUCACAACUUGUUAACAGGCUUGCUUCAAACCUAUUACAAACACAUCUUGUUGACAAGUUGUUGGAACAGCAUUGUCACAACCUGUUAACAAGCUUCCAACAAACCUAUUUCAAACACAUGUUGGAACAGAUUGUCACACCUUGUUAACAAGCUUGCUGCCAACCCAUUGCAAACACACCUUGUUGACAAGUUGUUGGAACAGCAUUGUCACAGCUUGUUAACAAGCUAAAACCUAUUGCAAACACAUCUUGUUGACAAGUUGUUGGAACAGCGUUGUCACAACUUGUUAACAAGCUUGCUACAAGCCUGUUGCAAACACAUCUUGUUGACAAGUUGUUGGAACAGCAUUGUCACAGCUUGUUAACAAGCUUGCUACAAACCUAUAAUUGUAAACAUGUGUAUCUUGUCGACAAGUUGUUGGAACAGCGUUGUCACAACUUGUUAACAAGCUUGCUACAAGCCUGUUGAGGAGACAUCUAGUUGACAAGUUGUUGGAGCAGCGUUGUCACAACCUGUUAACAAGCUUGCUGGAAACCUAUUGCAAGCACAUCUUGUUGACAAGUUGUUGGAACAACAUUGUCACAACUUGUUAACAAGCUUCCUAUACAAACCCAUUGCAAAACACCUUGUUGACAAAUUGUUGGAACAGCAUUGUCACAACCUGUUGACAAGCUUGCUGCAACCCUAUUGCAAACACAUCUUGUUGACAAGUUGUUGGAACAGCAUUGUCACAGCUUGUUAACAAGCUUACUACAAACCUAUUGCAAACACAUGUUGUUGACAAGUUGUUGGAACAGCAUUGUCACAACUUGCUAACAAGCUUGCUGCAAACCUAUUGCAAACACAUCUUGUUGACAAGUUGUUGGAACAGCAUUGUCACAACUUGUUAACUAGCCUGUUGAGGAGACAUCUUGUAGCAAGCUUGUCAACAAGUUGUGACAAUGCUGUUCCAACAACUUGUCAACAAAAUGUGUUUGCAAUAGAAUUGUAGCAAGCUUGUUAACAAGUUGUGACAAUGCUGUUCCAACAACUUGUCCACAAGGUGUGUUUGCAAUAGGUUUAUAGGAAGCUUGUUAUCAGGUUGUGACAAUGCUGUUCCAACAACUUGUCAACAAGAUGUGUUUGCAAUAGGUUUGCAGGAAGCUUGUUAACAAGUUGUGACAAUGCUAUUCCAACAACUUGUCAACAAGAUGUCUCAUCAGCAAGCUUGUAACAAGCUUGUUAGCAAGUUGUGACAAUGCUAUUCCAACAACUUGUCAACAAGAUGUGUUUGCAAUAGGUUUGCAGGAAACUUGUUAACAGGUUGUGACAAUGCUUUUCCUACAACUUGUCAACAACUUGACUACUUCUUUAAAACAGUAGCUGUAGUUAUAGCGGACUACAUUUUGCCUAAAAGUAGCCAAGUAGUUGACUACUUUUCAAACAGCGAAUUGCUAUUCGCUACUUUCUAAAAUUGUUAGCAACUUGAUAGAAUAGAAUGAUAUUGAGACACGGUUUGCUUAAAAUUAAUACUCAAUAGUCAAUUUGCACUCUUGAACACUGUAGUGCUUACAAAAAUGUUGCUUUGUGUUUACUGUUGCUAUUAAUAAGUCGAUUUGUUAUAGGUUACAUUUCAGCCUGAGUUAGUAGAUGCUCCAGAUACAGUAACACUAAAAAUAUAGCGUAGCGAAAUAGCGAAAUAGUUCGCUACAUUUUUUAAGCUGUAGCUGUAGUCAGUAGCGAACUACCUUUGUUCAAAAGUAGCAGUAGUUGUAGCUGACUACAUAUUUUUGAAGUAGCUGUAGUUAUAGCGAACUACAAAAAUUUUGUAGUCAACCCACCCUUGGCUAUUGUAAACACACCUUGUUGACAAGUUGUUGGAACAGCAUUGUCACAACUUGUUAACAAGCUUCCUACAACCCUGUUGAGGAGACAUUUUGUUGACAAGUUUUGGAACAGCAUUGUCACAACUUGUCCCACUAUAGGAAUCUCGAGACAGGCCAUUCUGCCCCUGAAAAUCUAGUGUUUGACAAAUCCAAUUCUGUUCUAGGUGUGGAGAUUGAAACAAUUGCAAGUUUUAAUCGGAUGAAACAAUUGUGCGGGGACAUUUCGUUGAUUGUGAAAGCCAUGAAACUUUGUCCAACUGUGGAAGUAAGUAUGUAUGUUGGCCAGUCAAUCGAUUCAGUCAUUCAUAUUCAAUAACUAUGAAACCUUUAGAAAUCAUCACCCAUUUGAUUGACUGGUGCCACAGCAAAGAAAAUUAGAAAUUGUUUGAGAAAAAUUUUUUGUGACCUUGUGUCCACCUUAAAACAUCACACCCACCUCUCCCACCCUAGAAAACUGCAGCAUUGAAAUCGUACCCCUUGGGCACAUGUAUGUAUGUGGACCCUACAUUAACUUGAUCUAUGUUUCCAGGUGAUUGACGACAAAUGGGUGAAACCAUCUCAGUCACUUCCCGAGCCAAAGAAUGUUGAUUCUGUGACUGUUUACGUUGUAAGUUGCUUUAUUUUGUUAUUUGGUCAGAAGUUGUUAACUCAUCAAUCUUGUUAUUGUUAACAAAGAUCAAUGUUAAUUAGCAAUUUAGCGUAACUACUUCUUCUAAAUGUAUUUAGGAACGACUGCCGUCUCAUGCUGAUCAUAACUGGAUAAAAUCACUUUUCUCAGCCUGUGGUAAUGUUGUCUAUGUCAGGUAUGUCUCAACUUUCUUCAACUGUUUUGUCUCCAACUUUUUUAACCCUAAUUAGACUUUAAGUGGCGAUGUGCCUUGAUGUGCCCCCACUUUAUUAUUUUACUCCCUGACUGUCUAACGCCAAACGACAUUGGUCCUGUUAGCGCUGUGGCAAUAUAGGUGAUACAAUAUUAUAAAAUUAUUUUACUCUGUCUAAUGCCAGAUGAUUUUAUUCGUCAAUGGGAGAGUGCAGUCUAUCUGCCCAUGCAUCCUGUUCACUCUUUAAGCUAGUGGCAAUGUAGGUGAUGCAACCUACUUUAGUAUAAUUUUACCCUGUCUAAUGCCAGAUUAUUUUACUCAGUCUAACGCCAGACAAUUUUACUUUUAGUUUGCCUCGCUAUAAAACAACAAGAGAAAUAAAAGGAUUUGCUUUUGUUGAAUUUGAGAAGGAGAGUGAAGCUGAGGCAGCGCUCAAGGUGAUUACAAAAGUUAUUUUGUGGUUAAUUACAGUAGGUCUGGAUCACCCCCCCCCACGUUUCUUCAGGAGCAAUAUUUUAGUUCCUCUGACUAUACCCCUGCAUGGCUGGAUUUUGAGGGGAGGUGUGGCGAGGUGGACACCUCCCUUGAGAUCGUUUUGCACCUCCCCUGAAAAGUCGUGCACCUCCCCUUGGGAAAGUUUCAAUGAUAGAUCAGAGUGAAAAUUUGACAUUUUUUGGUUGCUUAGGGUCUACACUUCGUAAGAAAGUUUUUCUGUAAAAUUGAAACUGUCACAGUGAUAGCCAUUCAUCUCUACAUCAAGUACCCUUUUAAAGCAAUGUUUUCAAAGAGACUUUGUAGUAAUUGUAAUGAAGGGCAAAAUUGGAUGAGUUGUACAGUCAUAAUUCAUUGAUACACUGAUACAUAUGUACACUACGUGCAUACGUCACGUUGUUGACUUUGACCCGUUUGUGAGCUAGAUCGCUGCACCUCCCCUAAGUUUUUUCCACCUCGCCCACUAUUUCCACCAAAAUCCGGCCUUGUGCCAGAUUAUAUUCUUCUUGUUAGAUGUUUGCAGAGAAACCAAGCAAAGAAGGUGAUGAAACUGAAAACAAAACGGGAAACGACGAAGAACACACGGGCAAACACAACAAAAAGAACAAGAAACGCAAAGCGAAAUUAAGUGAGUCUGAAAACGAGGACACGAAAGGAAAAAGUAAAAAAUCAAAACGCAAAAGGGAUGAUGCUGCCAGUACUAGUUCAAUUCCUGAUACGGACGUACCUAAGAAAACCAGGAGGACUGUUGAGAAGGAAAUUUGUGAAGAAAGAGGGCAAAAGAAGGCAAAAAGGGAAAAUGAAAAAGACAAUGAACAAAGUGGGGGUGAUGAUACUUCUGAGGAAACUAAAAGUGAGAAACGAAAGCGGAAGAGGUCUGAGGCGAAUGACGAUGGCGGUACGUCAAGUAAGAAGAAUAAAGAAUCUCAGGAAAGCGACGACGAAGGUUGUACUUCGUGUAAAAAGAGUGAAGAGGCUGGUGCCGAGGGUGGCGGCGUGGAGGAGUCGGAAAUGGAUGAUGAUGAUGAUAAGAAAAAGAAGAAGAGGAAACGGAAGAAAAAGGAAAAACAGGAAGUGGAAGUACCACAACUUCGAGUUAUUUCCAAGUAUGUUGCUUGUGGUUUUUGUUUCAUACACAUGUCCAAUGCAGACGAGCAAACGUUUCUAGGAAACAGCACUAAAGAUCCCCUAUAUAAAUAGACAAACAACUAAACAAACAGACCAACAAACAAACAAACAAACAAACAAACAAACAAACAAACAAACAAACAAACAAACAAACAAACAAACAAACAAACAAACAAACAAACAAACAAACAAACAAACAAACAACGCAUAAACAGACAAACUAACUAGCAAAUAAACAAAUGAACAAAGAAACAAGUGCCCCACAAGUACGCGAAGCUCUUGCUUAGUUUUUGAUGGUACCAUUGGUCUGAUGGGGCUAAGGAAUAUUGCAGUCAAUUGUAAUGUUUGUAUAAUUAUACAAUUGUGCUUCUUGUUCUAACUCCUACUGUAGUUUCAGGUUACAGUGCCUUUCAGAAACCUUGACUUUGUGUACUUUAAGUUCUUUGUAGGUUUGCAUGGCGGUAAAACAUAUAUAAUACUUUUUGUUUGUGCAAACACCACAUAAAUUUAUUACUGCAAAGCUUUCGAUCCGUAUAGCCCGGAUCUUCAUCAGUCUAAUAAUUAACAAUUAUUAUUCAUUGCACUGUGUUCUCGGUUUUUCAUUGGCUAAGAGCCUACAAAUAAUUUUGGGUAUUUGUAGGUGCCUGCGCUAUUUCCAGCGGAAACAGUAAUCUGCAGAGAUUAUUGGAUGGCGCCCGAGAUAUUUCAGCGGUAUUUUAUGUGAAAAUACAAAUUGGCGGGAAAUUUUUAGUUGAAUUUACGAAAAGUUAAUCAAUUCAAUGAAUAUUUAUUUGUUUUCAAUUGUUGCUUGUUUUGUUUUCUUUCUGUCAUAAAAUGAAUAAUAAAACAAUUAUUGAAUUCGGCUUGCGCAGGAUACCAGAAUUAUUCAGACCUCGGUCAAUGUUAUCUGCCUCAGCCUUCGGCUUAGGCAGAUAACAUUGACCUUGGUCUAAAUAAUUCUGGAUAUCCUGCUCAGCCUCAUCCAAUAAUUGUUAAUUAUUCGCCGAAGGCGAGGUGAUUAUCGGUGAAUAAAAACCGAGACGAAGUCGAGGUUUUUAUUCACGAUAAUCACCGAGCCUGAGGUGAAUAAUUGUUUCAGUGUAAUUUCAUAGGUGAUUAUUUGGGGAAUACACAUUUCUUCGUCAUUUAAUUGACAAAACGGCUUUGGCCGCCAUUUCGAAAAUCGCUUAGGUGAUUAUCGCGUUAUAAUCACCUCAACGGCAACCAACCAGCGUGGAGAAUUUUCAAUAAUCACCUAUGUAAUUAUACUAAUAUGUAAUAAUAAUAAUAAUAAUAAUAAUAACAUAUUAUUAGCACUGAUGAAGAUCGGAUCGAAAGUUUGCAGUAAUAAAUUUACGCGGUGUUUCCACAAACAAAAAGUAUUUUAUGUACUUUAUUUUAAAAACUAAGUACACAUUAAGUCUUAAGAUUGUACCAGCUCAAGUAUACGCGGUGAUAACCAUUAAUUAAGUACUAGGCAGGUACGGCUAAGAAUUGUACACACAUCCCUACUUAUCAUCUUUUCCAUAAUUAUACAGAACAGAAUGGCUAAGUCUGAAGAAGGAAUACCAGAAACUCCAGAGGCAGGCCAUGAAAGAUGCCAAACAAAAACUAAAGAUAGAAUUUGAAGAUAAGACAGAGCAAGCGUCCAAAACAAACGAGAAAAGUCAAGAAGAUGAGGAAGUCAAAACUGAGGAAGACAAAACUGAGGAAGACAAAACUGAACGUGUGAAAGACAAUGAAAAAACGGCCAGCAAGAAUGAGAAAGAACUACCACAAAAGUUGGAAAUGGAACCUGGUGUUGUUUUGAAAUUUUCUUCUGAUGAAAAUAUCGAUAAAAGGCAACUAAGGGUACGUAAAUUCAAUGUUGCUUUCACAGUCGUGAGGAUCGAGUCGCCUUGUUAGCAACAUUUUAUUUUUUAAAAUGGUUUUCAGGUUGUUCAGACUUCAGACACAAACCAAAGCAGCUUAUUGUAGAACAGUGCCUACACUGCAGGGUCUUAGCUAGGAUUUUAAAUCUUGGGCGUGUUUCUAAAUGACCAGGGUGUGCACUUUUGCACAUGUCAGUGACCUCAAAUAGCCAAAUUUACGGUUCUAGUUAUGCUCGCCAACAACAGACAAUACCUGUUCUUGUUCUAUGCUUUGCAACCAAAUACAAGGCGAGCAUACGCUCAUAUUACGCACUGACAUUAAAAUAUUAAGUUAUUUCAUCAACUCUUGGGGGUAUUUAAAACCAUUUCAACACCAUACAGUUUCCAUUAUCCAUCAAAACAUUAAAACAUCACAGAUCACUUUUGUCAAUUUCAACAACAACCGUAGAUUUUACAAACUUUCUUACGACGUACAGUAGAUAGGAUGAAAUUCUGUCCGUUAUCAGUUUAUGAAUUAUCUACACGGCCUUAUAUAAAUAAUGAAACCGCGUUCAUUUGAUCUAGCCGUGUUUUUCCCUUUUUGGCCGCGAUAACACGGCCAAAACGGCCCUCUAGCUAAGACCCUGCUACACUGGACCUUCGCGCUUGAGAUAUCAUUGCUUGUCACUUAAUUGCUCAUUCCUUUUAGAACGCAUUUUCGACGAUCGCUCCCGUGGCAUAUCUUGAGAUAGUAGAUGACAGCAAUACGG